AUGACUAUGGUUCCAAGAAGAUUGGUUGCACCUUCUAGUAAACUUGGUAAAGCCAGAAGGCCUGGGGUACCAGGGUUAAAAUCGGGUCAAAGAUCUUCAAGCAAAGAACAGACGGCUGAGGUUACAAACGCGUCCUCAGAAAGUCAAAUGGAAAUUGAAGUUGGUAUGGAAGAUAAUAAUACUUCAAAGAAAUCAAAUGAAGAUUUUAGAGAACUUUUUUACAAAGGUAACGCUAGGUUUGAAACUUCGAUACUAUUAUAUAUUUCAAACUUCUAA